AUGACCACUAAAAAAACGAAAACGAAGACGCAGGCUCCGUCAGCAGCUUCAGGCCCCUCGAUAAAAUGGGUGACGCGUCUUGUCAUAGUCCUGCUUCUCGCCGCCAUUGGACGCUGGCUCGACGCUAUCAAGAGCCGCUGGUACAUCUUUGAACCACAAUUCUUGCACGAAUUGGCCCAAGACGCCAUUGCAAGAGCCUCUUCUCCCAACGACACUGCAGGGAUGAUUCAACACAUUCUGACAAACUUGACCACCACCUAUCCCUCCACCACAAUAAGGCUGAACGUCGAUUCGAAAGAAUGGGUUUUCAACAAUGCUGGUGGUGCUAUGGGCGCCAUGUACAUCAUCCACGCCAGCAUCACCGAAUAUCUGAUCAUAUUUGGAACACCUCUCGGUACGGAGGGCCACUCUGGUCUUCACACUGCAGAUGACUACUUCAACAUUCUGGUUGGAGAGCAGUGGGCUUUUGCACCUGGCAGUCUUGAGAUGGAGCGCUACACACCAGGGACUGUCCAUUUCCUCCCUCGCGGAACGGCGAAACAGUACAAAAUGCACAAGGGCUGUUUUGCGCUCGAAUAUGCUCGAGGCUGGAUUCCCCUGAUGUUACCAUUUGGACUGGCGGAUACAUUCACAUCGACAUUAGACAUAUUCACCUUGUACGAUACCGUCCGAAUAACCGGAAGAGAAAUGUUGCGUAAUCUACUCAUAGCCAAAAUCUAA